UUGAGAGAAGAAGAAGAGAAAUUGAUUUCAGUUAUUCUUCGUUUUCAUUCUUCUCUAUGUGGUUCGUGGUUCUGUGUAGGAUCUUUUCGUUCCAAUAAUCUGACAAGAUGUCUCUGGUCAUACCCGAGAAAUUUCAACACAUCCUUCGUAUCUUGGGUACGAAUAUCGAUGGUAGAAGGAACGUGAUGUUCGCCAUGACGGCGAUCAAAGGAGUCGGUAGACGAUAUGCCAAUAUCGUCCUCAAAAAAGCAGACGUUGACUUGAACAAACGUGCGGGAGAAUGUACAGAGGAAGAGGUAGAAAAAAUCAUCACCAUCAUGUCCAACCCUCGUCAGUACAAAAUCCCUGACUGGUUCCUCAACAGGCAGAAAGAUAUCAUCGAUGGUAAAUACAACCAGUUGAUGUCUUCGAGUCUGGACUCCAAGCUCCGUGAAGACUUGGAACGCAUGAAGAAGAUCCGUGCCCACAGGGGUAUGAGACACUACUGGGGUCUCCGUGUGAGAGGUCAGCAUACCAAGACUACCGGCAGACGUGGACGUACUGUUGGUGUAUCUAAGAAGAAGUAGAUGCUGUUUUAUUAUUUAAUACCAAUAAAAAAUUUCCUAUA